AUGGAUAUUUUGUUUGUUGAUAAUGGGAGACAAGAUGAAAUCGAAACGUUUUACGAGGCAAGUCAACGACAAAGAGAUUAUUAUAGAGGACUACGUAAGGCCUACCACCCGUUGACCUAUUUCAGUGAUCCUGAAUAUAUGUGGCAGUGCCCCGCCGAAAUGACACCUACUUAUCUCAGCUUUCCGAUGUACCACGUGAAAUACAAACAACCCGCGGUUUUACCGGUGACUCUGGGCCGCACGCUCGCAAUUCCCGCGCUUCCCGACCGUACUUUAGCCGGGCGAUUCAACAAAGCAGCUUGUAAAGCCUUUAUUAGAUAAAUCGCAAACUACUAAUACAACUCGAACUCGGAAUUCUAUGUCAAAAUAUUCUACAUGAUAAAUAAACUUGGAACGAACUCUGUUUUAUUUUAAAUUAUAAU